AUAGAUAAUCUCAUCAAAAUAUGCAUUUUUGCAGAGGCAAAUUAUAAAAUAUAAAUAUCCAUCACAAUUCAAUUCAUAUUAUAGUGUAUACAAAUCUCUCUCCUCUCUCUGACAAUCAAAUGCAUAUAUCCAGACUCCUGCAUAUUUUGGAGUGUAAUUAAACACAGUUCAGUUCAGAAAUGAAUGAACGAAUUGAUGCUAAAGUACUCUAUUGAUUUAGGGGCUACAGCUUGCUCAGAUCAAGAUAUAAUAUAAAGUUUGUUUGUUGAAUGUCUAUUUUGAGGCGUGCUUGAAACAACUCAUUCAAUGGAUUCAAUUCUCGCAAGGUGAUAUUGUUUUGGGAGAGACGAGUAUGGAAGGCCGGAGGAGUUUGCGGUUGCAGUCUAUGAAGCCUCACGUUAAGCACGAAAAGGGUAUGUGAGCGAUAUCCUUUUGCGGUCGCGUGUGAUUGAGGCUGAUUGACUGAUACUCUAUGUGUCUGCGUAAAAGGAAAAAAUGGAAAUGCAGAGUAGCUGGGCAACGGAUGCUGAGAAGCCAUGUACCAGCAAUCGAAGCUCGACAAGAGAGAGAAAAUUGACGUUGCAACAAGAUGUUGAUAAGUUAAAGAAGAGACUACGGCACGAGGAAAAUGUCCACAGAGCUUUGGAGAGAGCCUUCACCCGACCGCUAGGAGCUCUUCCUCGUCUGCCUCCGUAUCUCCCACAACAUACACUGGAGCUUCUAGCUGAAGUAGCUGUUUUGGAAGAAGAAAUAGUUCGGCUUGAGGAGAAAAUAGUGUUUUUCAGGAAAGGACUAUAUCAAGAAGCUGUAUACAUUUCAUCCUCCAAGAACAUGGAUACUAAAGAUGAACAGAAGCAAUCGACUUUCUUGGUUACCUCGAAGACAGAUUCUGAAACUGGCAUUUGGAAGGAUUCAACCUUUCUUUCAGAUGAUAAAAGAGGAAAAGAAAACCAGUCAAGCACCAGUACUUUGAAAAAUAAGCAGCAAUCUGUGAAUUCGAAAGUACAACCAUCCAGAAAUCCUGUGAAGAAGCGCCUGACUGAGUGCAAGUCAGGUGAGAGGUGUUUGGAUCCUCAGAGAUCACAGUGGGAAAUGCAAUUAUUGGAUCAUGCGACUACACCAAAGACGACUCUUGCCAAUCUAGAGGCAACGUCACCAGUAGACGGUAGUCCAAACAAAAUUUCAGAGAGCAUUUUGAAAUGCUUAAUAAACAUCUAUUUAAGAUUGAGCUCCAUGAAGAAUAGGAAUUCCACUGAAAGUUUACCUUCGCAGUCAGUGGCAUAUUCUUUUGAUCCUUACAAUUUAUGUUCAAUGUUUGGGAAGAGGGAUAUUGGUCCAUAUAAGCAUUUAAUGACCAUUGAAGCGGCAUCCAUCGAUCCAAACCGAACAACAAUAUCAGUCUUCCUUGUUCAAAGAUUGAAGCUAUUGUUUCGGAAACUUGCAACUGUUAGUUUGAAGGACCUAAGUCACCAAGAAAAACUUGCCUUUUGGAUUAACAUCUACAAUUCGUGCAUGAUGAAUGCAUUUCUUGAGUAUGGCAUUCCAGAGGAUCCUGAGAUGGUGUUUGAACUGAUGCAAAAGGCAACGGUGACUGUUAGUGAACAUGUUCUAACGGCAAUAACCAUUGAGCAUUUCAUAUUAAGAUUGCCUUAUCACUCAAAAUAUACUUCCUCGAAGAGUACAAAGAACGAUGAGACGAUGGCAAGAAGCAUGUUUGGCCUAGAGUUGUCCGAGCCGUUUGUCACAUUUGCUCUGUCCUGCGGAAGCUGGUCGUCCCCUGCUGUGAGGGUGUACACUGCAUCCCGAGUCGAAAGUGAGCUGGAAACUGCUAAGAGAGAGUACUUGCAAGCAGCAGUCGGCAUUUCAAGCAUUAGAAAAGUUAUAGCAAUACCAAAGCUAAUGGAUUGGUAUCUGCUAGACUUUGCGAAAGACUUCGAAUCAUUGGUAGAUUGGAUAUGCCUCCAAUUACCAUCUGAACUCGCUAAAGAAGCGAUUACAUGCCUCGAGAGCAGGAAAGAUUUGCCUCCCUUGAAGUCCAUUCAGAUAUUGCCAUACGAGUUCAGCUUCCGAUACCUUUUCCAUACAUAAAUAAGGUUAGUUCAACAUAUUGUUUUUUAUUUGAAAGUUUUGGACAUUGAUUGUUAUCUGUACAAAUGUAGUAGUAGUAGAAUGUAUAAUCAAUUAUCUUGUAUAACUUUACACGAAAUGUUUCUUAAAUGUGCGGUACGGGAUGUAAAGAUCGAUUCAAUUCAUUAUUUUAAAAAAGUGGGUGGAUCACUUAUGUUCUCCAAUUUA